AUGCUCACUCAGUGCUCACGACAUGCCCGGCUGCAGCGGUGCAAGUGUUUAGACCGCAGCUUCUCAGUCUUGAAGUUUCUCUGUUUCUUGUCAGCUAGUGUUGCAGUGGCUGUCUUCUUGAGCCUGUUGCAUCACCGGAAUUUCCUCAACUAG